AUGGGCAAGAUUGAUGGGCUCAAGGUGCCCUCCCCUCCCGCCCCCUGCUGCUCCCUCCCGGUGGUGCUCUUUCCCGGUGCUGCUCUCCCCCUGUGCUGCUCUCCCCCUGUGUCGCUCACGCUGCAGGAGGGUCCUGCUCCCUCAGGCGCUGGAGCUGGAGGUACUGGAGGUGCUGGAGCUGCUGGUCCUGGAGGUGCUCGUACUAGAGGUGCUGGAGCUGCCGGAGCAGGAGGUACUGCUGGUGAGAGCGGCACAGGGGGAGAACACCACACCACUUCCCAUGUGCACCACACCACUUCCUAUGUGCACCACACCACUUCCCAUGUGCACCACACCACUUCCCAUGUGCACCACACCACUUCCCAUGUGCACCACACCACUUCCCAUGUGCACCACACCACUUCCCAUGUGCACCACACCAUUUCUCAUGUGCACCACACCUCCUCUCCUCGCCCCCUUCUCCCCCUCUCGCAGGAGGAGGCGGAGGCGGGGGCGUUGGAGCGCAUAAGGGAGGCGCUGCUGGCGGGGGGGGCGGCGCGCAGUGUGGAGCUGAGCGAGGAGGAGGCGCCCCUGGUGGCGCAGCUGUGCCUGCUCACGGCCAAGCCCAUCAUCUACGCCGCCAACGUCGCUGAGACCGACCUCGCCCACCCCUCCUCCAACCCGCACGUCACCGCUGUGCGCCAGCUGGCGUCCAGUGAAGGAGCCGAGUGCGUGGUGGUCUCCGCGCAGGUGGAGGCGGAGCUGUGUGAGCUGGGCGAGGCGGACCGGGUGGAGUACCUGGCGGCGCUGGGCGUGCAGCAGGGCGGGCUGGCAGGCCUCGUGCAGGCCACCUACCGCCUGCUGGGCCUGCGCACCUACUGCGGGGGAGAAGGGGUGGUGGUGGGAGGCCAUGGUGAUGGUCAGUCUCGAGGUUUUCCAUGCCCCACGCCUGCCAUGCCCAUACCCAAUGUCUCACACAACCCCUACGUGCGUGCAGGAGACGAGGGCGUGGACGAUCCGGGCGGGCAUGACGGCACCGCAGGCAGCGGGUGUGAUCCACACCGACUUCGAGCGCGGCUUCAUCCGCGCCGAGACCGUACCGCCCCUCCCCUCCCCCCCUCCCUCUCUCCCUCUCUCCCUCACCACCUCCCUCCCUCGCCCCUCGCCUCCUUGCUUCUCCGUGUACCUCACAUGGUGUGGCACCCACCACCACUACUGAUUCCUGGCAGCACGUGGUGUCACCGCAACUCCCUUGUGCCUGCAUCGCAUCUCUGCUCGCCCACCACAGCAUUGGACAGCCGUGCCAGCCUUGUGUCUUGA